GUGGUUCUAUGCACGUCGACGUUUUCAGAAGUUAGGUUAUGGUAUCUUUCAAACACCAAGUCCAAACAUGUCUCUAUCUUUAGGAGUUUUAAAGACUAUAGCACAAACUAACGCAAAGAAUACGGCCACAGUAAUAUUUUUACACGGCUCAGGCGACACCGGUCCAGGAGUAUGCGAAUGGAUCGAAUCUCUUGUAGGUUCAUUUUCGUUCCCCAAUAUAAAGUUUUUAUUCCCAACUGCACCACUUCAAAGUUACACUGCUGCCGGCGGCGAGAUGCGUCACGUUUGGUUUGAUCGAAAAUCGAUCAGUAUCGAAGCGGAGGAAAGUGUGGAGUCAAUAGACGAAAUAGGUUCGGUAAUUAACAACUUGAUUGAAGAGGAGGUUUCUAGUGGAAUACCUUUAAAUAAGAUAAUAGUCGGGGGAUUUUCGAUGGGCGGAGGAUUAGCUUUACAUGUAGGUUAUAGAUUGAGACUUGGCCUACGAGGUGUUUUUGCGCUUUCAUCAUUUUUAAAUAGGGAUUCGCAAGUGUUUUACAAUCUUAAGACUCACUCUACUGCAGAUACUCCUUUGUUAAUGUAUCAUGGUGAACGUGAUAGCCUUGUCCCAAUAAAGUGGGGAAGGGCUACAUAUGAUACGUUGGAAAGUUUAGGUGUUGGCGGCGACUUUGUUAGUUUGCCUAAUACAAUACACGAAUUAAAGAAACGAGAAUUGGAAGAAUUAUUUGAAUGGAUUAAGAAGCUAUUGUGAUGUAGCAGAUUAUUAUAAUUAAGUAUUUGUGCUUUGCUAAGGUUAGACACAUGAAGUAGAAAAUAUAUAAAAUAACAUUGACUGAAAA